GAGGAGGAGAAGUAGUCAACGGGGAGUCUCCGUCCCCGAGGCCGCUUUCGCAGAUAGUCCCCUUCGAGAGAGGAAACGAUGGCCGGGACCUUCGACCAGUAUGACAAGUCCAGCUGGUACUUUGGAGCGAUGUCCAGACAGGAUGCCUCCGAUUUACUUAUGAGCGAAAAGGAAGGCGGUGUUUUCUUAGUAAGAGACAGUAUUUCCAUACACGGAGACUUUGUUUUGUGCGUCAGAGAGGAUAGCAAAGUUAGCCACUAUAUUAUCAACAAAAUUCAACAAGGAGAUCAAAUUCGUUAUCGAAUUGGAGAUCAAAUAUUUCCAGAUAUUCCAAAUUUAUUGGCAUUCUAUAAAUUACAUUAUUUGGACACCACGCCGUUGAUCAGACCAGCGCCGAGAAAAAUCCAGAGGGUAAUAGCCAAAUAUGAUUUUGAAGGCAACGAUCCCGAUGAUUUGCCAUUCAGAAAAGGAGAAAUUCUCACCAUAAUUUCUAAAGAUGAAGAACAGUGGUGGACAGCUAGAAACAGCCUUGGACAAACUGGAUCAGUGCCUGUUCCUUAUGUACAAAAAUACGAGGACGAUAAUCAUACUAUUGAAGCAACACCUGCUAGACCAGAAAGCGGAGGUAGUUCGGGCUCUGGAACUCAAUCAUCUCACGCUGAUACAGUUCAGACUACAGCAACACGUCGUUCUAACAUUCAGCGAACGCUUCCAGCUUUUGCUAAAGUUAAACAAGCACGUGUGCCGAAUGCCUAUGAUAAAACAGCAUUAAAAUUGGAGGUUGGAGAUAUCAUCAAGGUCACAAAGACGAACAUUAAUGGUCAGUGGGAAGGUGAAUUACAUGGUAAAAUUGGACAUUUUCCUUUUACGCAUGUGGAAUUUGUAGAUAAUGAAACGAACGAAGACAGUCAAGAAAUUUAACGGACAUUUAAAUAUGAAAGUGAAGUGAAAAAUUAGCAGCUACUGCAUAUACCAAUAUGGCAAAGUUUAAUCGUGUGAUGCAAUUGUAUCAUAUCAUUGUACGGUGAUUUGACAAAGUGUAAUAUCAUCAAAUCCAAACCAAGAUGAGUAUAGAACCAACAAUUGUUCUAUUGACACGAUACAAAAUUUUUACUUGCAUCAAAGUCAAAUACAAAGUGGAGUUUAAUUCAGAUAAUGUUAACACGAUGCCGUUAAUAUUAUUAAAUUAAAGUAGAAUUUCAUUUAA